AUGUCGGAGUUUACUGGAACCCCACCGUCAACCUCAGUACAAGAGCUCUUCAUCCUGCUUGUGCCCUCUCUGCUCAUUCCAGCUUUCUUCUUCUUGGUGCGCAGGUCACGAAGUGAGCCAAACCCGUACAUCUAUGAGAAGCUUGGUCUGAAAGGCGAAUCGAACCUCCGUGAUGAGGAAGACCCCAAGUACGCGAUCUCGGAGGCGACAUCAAAGUCGGGUUCUAUCGACUGGAAGUUGAAGGCGAUCCUGUGUCACCCAAUCAAGUCUUGCGGUGGGUUCGAGCUUGCCACUGCUAAAAUCAGUGGUAGCGGCAUCCUCUGGGAUCGCAAGUUUGUCAUAGCUGAAUGGGCCGAGGCGCCGCCAAAGCAGGGGCAGGAAAGAAAGACGAAGUGGCUCUUUCGGACCAUGCGCGCCCCCGGAUAUGAGAGGCUUGCCCUCGUGAAGCCCGAGAUCUGGCUGCGCAAGGGCUCUGACACUGACGGACUUCUCAUUGUUCGGUAUCCUUACGUCCCUUCGGGACCGCUGGCGUCACUGCAUCGUCUGCUGAUGACGCUCGGUCUGAUGUCAAAGGAGGUUUCGUUUGAGGUUCCACUUGAGCCACCAGCGAAGCAUAAUUACCCGAAGGAGGAGCUCGAUCUAUGGAAAGACUCGCCAAUCUGGCUCAACUACCAAAGACAUGUUCCGAGAAGCCUGCAGACGCUUGUGCAGGCGAAGGGCCCAGUCACAUUGUUCAGAGUCGACCCGGCUUCAUACCGAGAAGUACAUGGAAACGCACCAAAGAAGGCAGAUAUCGGUUAUCAGCCUAUGACAGGCGCGAGCGACUCUUAUCCCCUCAGUAUUCAGAACCUAGCAUCUGUGCGGGACCUUGCUGCCAAGAUCAGUGACGAGAUCCCACAUUUCACCAUUCGGCGCUUGAGGCCAAACUUCGUCGUCAGCGGUGGUCCAGCCUUCGAUGAGGACGACUGGAAAUGUAUCAAGAUCGGCAAACACGAUAUCUAUACUCCAUGCAGGACCACUCGGUGCAAGCUGCCCUGCGUCGAUCCUGAUACGGCUAAGCGACACCCCAGACAGCCAGAAGAGGCGAGUGACACACAAGACUAG